UCGUAAGAGACGUCCUCCCUCGCUCUCGCUGGCUAUUUCCUGUCUUCACUCCCUCUACCGAACCACUGGAACCCCACUUCUAUACUCUCUCUCUCUAGAAAAGAUUAUGCAGAAAGCCCUCUCCCAGAAGUGCCUGCUCUUUCUCUCUCUAGAGCAUCCCACGAUACCGUGAACGCACCCUGCUACAAUUUACAAAGGCUACAGGUUGAACUAAACAAUGUUGUAGAAAUUUCCAAAUAGCUUGCCAAACACAAUAUUUAUCUUUACCUGGUAUCCAAAUUCCCAGCAUCCAAAUUUCAGAUGUAGAAAUUCCAGCUUCUGGUUGCCAAACCCCCCUCUUACUACGCUCAGGUUUGGGUUGUUGUUAUGGAUAGUGUUAGAAAGGAGAAGGUCCACAAGUUUGAAGAAUUUGUCGACCGGCGUUUGAAGCCUGAUCUUGUCCAUGCUAUUGCUGAACGGGACAAGGUUUUUGCCCAGCAGAAAGUUUUCUCAGAUUUGAAAAGAAAUAUUGAGUUACUGGAGAGGAAUGGGGUGACAAACCUCCGUACAUUGGUCAAUCUUGGCUCAGAAGUGUACAUGCAGGCAGAUGCGCCCGAUACACGGCAUAUAUUUGUUGAUGUUGGACUUGGAUUUCAUGUAGAAUUUACGUGGUCUGAAGCUUUGGAGUUUAUAUCCGUAAAGGAGGCAAGACUUGCCCGGCAAAUUGAGGAAUAUACUCAUUUGAUUGCUGGCAUCAAAGCACAAAUAAAACUGGUGUGUGAAGGAAUUCGCGAGUUGCUCCAACUCCCAGGAUAGAAGGAGCUGCUGUCCAAUCCAUACUACAAUGAAAUAGUGCUGCCUGUCCAUUUCCUUCACUCAAGUUUUGUAUCCCUUCUUUUUUUUUUCUUUGAUACUGUCAACAUUGUACAGAUGAAAUAGAGAAAUACAAAAACUUCCCCAAAGGGAUUACAAACUUGAGGCACCAUAUAUUUGCUUUGAAACCACAUUUCAUUUUUUCUGCUGAUUUAUGGUUAACCUGAAUCGUAUCUUUUGUGCU